AUGAGUUUGGACCGUCAAGAGCCUCCGAGGUCCGGAGCUCCAAUCAAUGAGCUCUCACCCGUCUCAUCAACACCAUCUGGUCCAGGGGAGGAAACCCUGCCUAGGAACAAUUCUUCCUUGGAGGCAAUUAGAAACGGGCUUGCUGAGCCUGUUACUGCCGCCUUCAUAGGUGGUGGAGUGGCCGGUGCCGUAUCGAGAACAAUCGUUUCCCCUCUAGAGCGCCUAAAGAUAUUGUACCAGGUACAAAGUGCCGGAAGGGAGGAAUACAAAUUGUCCGUAUGGAGAGCCCUGGUCAAGAUGGGUCGUGAGGAGGGAUGGAGGGGAUUUAUGCGAGGUAAUGGGACCAACUGCAUCCGUAUAAUCCCCUAUUCUGCGGUGCAGUUUGGCAGCUACAACUUCUACAAGAAGUUUUUUGAACCGUCCCCUGGAGCCGAACUGACACCAAUCCGUCGUCUCGUCUGCGGGGGUAUUGCCGGGAUCACGUCAGUAACGUUUACUUAUCCACUGGAUAUAGUCCGAACAAGACUUUCGAUUCAAUCAGCUUCUUUCGCUGCUCUUGGUAAGCGGUCUGGCGAGAAGUUACCUGGUAUGUUCGAAACUAUGGUUCGGAUGUAUAAAAUGGAGGGCGGAUUUCUUGCUUUGUAUAGAGGUAUCAUUCCGACAGUUGCUGGAGUUGCCCCAUAUGUGGGCCUCAAUUUUAUGACGUACGAGUCAGUGCGAGAAUACCUGACUCCCGAAGGCGACAAGAACCCCAGUCCGUACCGUAAACUCCUAGCUGGUGCAAUUUCAGGAGCAGUUGCUCAGACUUGCACGUAUCCAUUUGAUGUUUUGCGGCGCCGUUUCCAGAUAAAUACCAUGUCUGGGAUGGGUUAUCAGUACUCAUCCAUCUGGGACGCGGUGAGGCUCAUAGUGGCUGAAGAAGGCCUCCGAGGUCUAUAUAAGGGCAUUGUCCCUAAUCUGCUCAAAGUAGCACCCAGCAUGGCAAGUAGUUGGCUGAGCUUCGAGCUGACACGAGAUUUCCUCACGUAUUCUCCUUGUAUAGGUAUCGACUUGGACCGUCACCAUGUGCGCAGCACCCACCGCAAGGCACCCAAGAGCGACAAUGUCUACCUCCAGCUCUUGGUGAAGCUGUACCGCUUCCUUGCCCGUCGUACCGACGCCAACUUCAACAAGGUCGUGCUCCGCCGCCUUUUCAUGUCCCGGAUCAACCGUCCCCCUGUCUCUCUUUCGCGUCUGGUUUCCAACAUUACCGAGCCGCACAAGGGCAAGACUGUUGUUGUGAUCGGAACCGUCACUGACGACAACCGUCUCCUUACCGUUCCCAAGCUGUCGGUUGCUGCUCUCCGUUUCACUGCCACCGCUCGCGCCAGAAUCGAGAAGGCUGGUGGUGAGACUUUGACUCUGGACCAGCUUGCUCUCCGUGCUCCCACUGGUGCCAACACUCUGCUCCUCCGUGGACCCAAGAACGCCCGUGAGGCUGUUAAGCACUUCGGCUUCGGUCCCCACAGUGGCAAGAAGCCGUACGUUGAGAGCAAGGGCCGCAAGUUCGAGCGGGCUCGUGGUCGCAGAAGGUCUCGUGGUUUCAAGGUCUAG